CGCAGAGGGUAUAGCUGAGUCAGAGAAUGGUACAGAAGACUGGUGGCAAGUUCAAGUCCACGGAGCGGACGCAGCGGCCAGCCAAACAGGCGCCGGCGCUGCGAUUCGCCACCUUAAAGACAAACAAUGCUGCAGAAUAUGAAGCGGUGAUUGCAGGCAUGACCAUGGUUAAAGAACUGGGCGCCCACAAAGUCCAGGUCAAGUCCGACUCGGCCCUCGUCGUCAACCAACUUAACGGGACAUUCGAAGUAAAGGAGGAAGCGUUGGAAGGAUACGUGCAAAGGAUCAGGGAAUUGGGAGCCUGGUUUUGCGAAAUCUCCUUUGUCCACAUUCCACGCAAAGAGAACGCCCAUGCAGACGCUCUCUCCAAGUUGGCCACCGCCGUGGAAUUUGCAGAGGAUCGGAAAGUCAUAGUCAUCGUAGAAGUACCUCGCCGAUAUUUGGUCGCAACCUUGGGAAACGGGGGCGCCGACUCUGGGUGGAGGGCACCGAUCGUACUAUUCUUAACCCAAGGGACAGUGCCGGAUGACCCGAAGGAAGCCUGGCGCCUCCGAAGGAAGGCGGCACGGUGCUCCAUAAUCGAGAGAACAUUGUACAAAAGGUCUCACUCGGGAGCAUACUUGAAAUGUCUGGAUGAGGAGGAAAGCAGAAGGGCAAUUGAAGAGGUGCACGGCGGGACGUGUGGAAUGCAUGCGGGCGCACGCAGUUUGGAAAAAACACUGCUGCGACAAGUUUAUUACUGGCCAACGAUGAGACGGGACGCGAAGGCGCAUGUGGGCGCCUGCCACCAGUGCCAAAUUCAUGCAAAUGAUAUCCAUGUCCCGACGGUGCCUAUGCAGGGAAAUGUGGGAGCCUGGCCUUUCGCCCAAUGGGGCAUGGACCUGUUAGGCCCUUUUCCCAAGGCGCCUGGGCAAAUGAAAUGCCUGAUUGUGGCAAUCGACUACUUUUCCAAAUGGAUUGAAGCGGAACCUUUGGCCACUGUCACAGAAGCACAGGUGCGAAAGUUCACCAAGAAAAACAUAUUCACCCAGUUCGCCCUACCUGAGUCCAUUGUCACAGACCAUGGAAAGCAGUUCGAUUGCAAGAAAUUUGUGGAGUUUUGCGAUGAAAAUGGGGUCGUAUUGCGGUUCUCUUCAGUGGCAUACCCACAGGCAAACGGUCAAGCGGAGGCGGCCAACAAGAGCAUUCUCCACGGGUUGCACACUCGAUUAGCAGGCGCCAAGGGCAAGUGGGUGGAGGAGCUGCCAAGUGUGUUGUGGGCGCAUCGCACGACCUACAAAACAGCCACUGGGGAAACACCCUUCGCCCUAACUUACGGAAGCGAGGCGGUCAUCCCGGUGGAAGUCAACACCCCAAGCUACCGCGUUGUCCAGUAUGACCCAACCAGCAAUGGCGAAGCAAGAACCGAUGAACUGGACAUGGCAGAUGAGGUGAGGGAAGUAGCGGCCAUCCGGCUGGAAAAGAUGAAGCGCCAAGUGGCUCGGUACUACAAUAAGAAAAUGCAUGCGCAUGGAAUCACCGAGGGCGCCCUUGUUCUCAAACGUGACUUCCGCCCGGACGCCCAUGAAGGGAAGUUAGCACCGAAAUGGAAAGGGUCAUAUCGAGUCCGAGAGGUGGUAGGACCAAGUACGUUCAAGCUAGAGCAUACUAGCGGCAAAGGUGUAAAACGAACUUGGAAUGCGCAGAAUCUGCGAGUUUACCAGGAGGGCGCCUCCGUUUGAUGAGGACCAAGAAGGCAAAGGGCGGUCGUAGUUGAGAGCAUUGUUUGUGUUAGAGACAAUUGUGUAAAGCGCAGUGCGUUGUGUCCAAAGCGCUCGUAAAAGUAGCGCCGUGUUGUGUCCAAAGCGCCCCGUGUUUCAGCGCCCGAUUGUGACUUCAUGUUUUCAAUUCUCCUUUCAUAAGCAGUAAAAGCGCCCAAACUUCACGCCCAGAAAUUUUGUGUGGAACAAAGCGCCCUAACCUUGCGCCCGAUUGUGUGUUUACAAUUGUUAAGUGAGUAAGCAAAGCGCCCAAUUUUGCGCCCGUCAAACCCAAAGCGCCCACAAAUUUGCGCCCUACGACAAAACAAUACGCGCCCACAUUUGCGCCCUCGAGACAUGGCAAUCAGUGAUAAAGGAAAUUUGCGCCCAAAACCACAAAGCACCCACAAUACUCGCGCCCAAAUACUACGAUAACGCGAUAAGUAAAUAAAUCCAGCAAGUAUGG